AUGGUCCGCAGACAGUACUCCCGGAUCGAAUUCACCCCAGGCAUCCCAGCCCAGGCACCCCAGACGAGCGCCUCGUUAGUCGACACCGUCGUCCCCGUGCAGGGCCACAGAGACCAACUCUACGUCUUCUUCGGCGGCCGCUAUCUCGAAAUCAAAAUCGACGACAACCCCAACGACAACUCUGUCAACGGCGGCGCCCGCACGAUCCCCAGCGGAUGGAAGUCGCUUGAAAAGGUGGGCUUCGACAUUGUUGACGCAGCGGUGGUCGUCCCGGGGAAUACCAACCAGCUGUACUUUUUCGAGCUUAAAGGAUGGCCGAAUCUUGUCGAGGCUGGGUUUGAUGCUAUUAAUGCUAUUGUGGAGAGUCCUAGUGGCGAGGACGUGUAUUAUGUCUUCUGUGGAGACAAGUAUGCUAAGAUCAAGAUUGACACUUCCCGUAAGGAUACGCUCAACUUGUCGACUAGAUUGAUUAGUUCGGGGUGGAAGACGCUUGAUGGAUGGGCUUGA